GCGGGCUCGGGCACCGGAGCAGGCGGCGGCCGCGGGCGGGCCGGGGCCCGCGGGCUCGGGGCGGCCGGGGGCGCCGGGCCGCGGCAGCAUGUCAUGGUUUGGUGGUCUCCUGGUACCCAAAGUGGACGAGCGGAAAACAGCCUGGGGCGAACGCAAUGGGCAGAAGCGUGGGCACCGUGGAACUCGGACGGGUGGCUUUUGCACGCCUCGCAUGAGCUGCCUCCAGGAUGCACAGCCGCCGAGCCCUACCCCUGCCGUGCCCCCUCGCUGCCCCUGGCAGGGGGAAGCCUUCACCCGGAGGGGCGGCCCAGGCAAAGGCACAGAGCUGGGCCUGCGGGCCGUGGCCCUGGGCUUUGAAGAUACAGAGACCACAUCGGUGGCUGGGGCCACCGAGGUGGUGCCCGAGGUGGCCACCAGGAGCGGGCAUUCGUGCUGGCGCCGGUUGGUGCGGGUGUUCCAGUCGAAGCAGUUCCGCUCGGCCAAGCUGGAGCGCCUGUACCAGCGCUACUUCUUCCAGAUGAACCAGAGCAGCCUGACGCUGCUCAUGGCGGUGCUCGUGCUGCUCAUGGCUGUGCUGCUGGCCUUCCACGCCGCGCCGGCGCGUCCCCAGCCGGCCUACGUGGCCCUGCUGGCCUGUGCCGCGGCCCUCUUCGUGGCACUCAUGGUGGUGUGCAACCGACACAGCUUCCGCCAGGACUCCAUGUGGGUGGUGAGCUACGUGGUGCUGGGCAUCCUGGCGACAGUGCAGGUGGGGGGCGCCUUAGCAGCUGACCCCCACAGUCCUUCUGUGGGUCUCUGGGGGCCCGUGUUCUUUGUCUACAUCACCUACACGCUCCUGCCCAUCCGCAUGCGGGCAGCUGUCCUGAGCGGCUUGGGCCUCUCCACGCUACACCUGAUCCUGGCCUGGCAGCUGAACCGGGGCGACGCCUUCCUCUGGAAGCAGCUCGGGGCCAACGUGCUACUGUUCCUCUGCACCAAUGUCAUCGGCAUCUGCACACACUACCCUGCCGAGGUGUCCCAGCGCCAGGCCUUCCAGGAGACCCGCGGCUACAUCCAGGCCCGGCUCCACCUGCAGCAUGAGAAUCGGCAGCAGGAGCGGCUGCUGCUGUCCGUGUUACCCCAGCAUGUUGCCAUGGAAAUGAAAGAAGACAUCAACACAAAGAAAGAGGACAUGAUGUUCCACAAGAUCUACAUCCAGAAGCAUGACAAUGUCAGCAUCCUGUUUGCAGACAUCGAGGGCUUCACCAGCCUGGCAUCCCAGUGCACCGCGCAGGAGCUGGUCAUGACCCUCAAUGAGCUCUUUGCCCGGUUUGACAAGCUGGCCGCGGAGAAUCACUGCCUGAGGAUCAAGAUCCUGGGGGACUGUUACUACUGUGUGUCAGGGCUGCCCGAGGCUCGCACGGACCAUGCCCACUGCUGCGUGGAGAUGGGGGUGGACAUGAUCGAGGCCAUCUCACUGGUGCGUGAGGUGACGGGCGUGAAUGUCAACAUGCGAGUAGGCAUCCACAGCGGGCGUGUGCACUGCGGAGUCCUGGGCCUGCGGAAGUGGCAGUUUGACGUGUGGUCCAACGAUGUGACGCUGGCCAACCACAUGGAGGCUGGGGGCCGCGCUGGCCGUAUCCACAUCACUCGGGCCACGCUGCAGUACCUGAACGGGGACUAUGAGGUGGAGCCAGGCCGGGGCGGCGAGCGCAAUGCCUACCUCAAGGAGCAGCACAUCGAGACCUUCCUCAUCCUGGGGGCCAGUCAGAAGCGGAAGGAGGAGAAGGCCAUGCUGGCCAAGCUGCAGCGGACUCGGGCCAACUCCAUGGAGGGGCUGGGGCCGCGCUGGGUGCCCGACCGCGCCUUCGCCCGUACCAAGGACUCCAAGGCGUUCCGCCAGAUGGGCAUAGAUGAUUCCAGCAAAGACAACCGGGGUGCCCAAGAUGCCUUGAACCCUGAGGAUGAGGUUGAUGAGUUCCUGGGCCGGGCCAUCGACGCCCGCAGCAUCGAUCAGCUGCGGAAGGACCACGUGCGCCGGUUUCUGCUCACCUUCCAGAGGGCGGACCUGGAGAAGAAGUACUCUCGCAAGGUGGACCCACGCUUCGGCGCCUACGUGGCCUGCGCCUUGCUGGUGUUCUGUUUCAUCGCCUUCAUCCAGCUCCUCGUCUUCCCACACUCCGCCCUGAUGCUCGGGGUCUACGCAGCCAUCUUCGUCCUGCUGCUGCUCACGGUGCUGGCCUGUGCCGUCUACUCCUGCGGCUCUCUCUUCCCCGCGGCCUUGCGGCGCCUGUCCCGAAGCAUCGUCCGUUCGCGCGCGCACAGCACGGCCGUCGGCAUCUUCUCGGUGCUGCUUGUGUUCGCCUCCACGGUUGCCAGCAUGUUCACCUGUGACCACACCCCCAUCCGCACGUGCGCGGCCCAGCUCCUGAACGUGACACCCGAAGCUGUCACCGCCUGCCACCUGCAGCAGCUCAAUUACUCUCUGGGCCAGGAGGCGCCGUUAUGCGAGGGCCCGGGGCCCACCUGCAGCUUUCCCGAGUACUUUGUUGGGAAUGUGCUGCUGAGUCUCUUGGCCAGUUCCGUGUUCCUGCACAUCAGCAGCAUCGGGAAGCUGGCCAUGACCUUUGUCCUGGGGCUCAUCUAUUUGGUGCUGCUUCUGCUGGGGCCCCCGGCUACUGUCUUCGACAACUAUGACCUGCUGCUCGGCGUCCAUGGCUUGGCUUCUUCCAACGAGACCUUCAGCGGCCCAGACUGCCCCGUGACAGGGAGGGUGGCACUCAAAUAUAUGACCCCUGUGAUUCUGCUGGUGUUUGCCUUGGCGCUGUAUCUGCAUGCCCAGCAGGUAGAAUCUACCGCCCGCCUGGACUUCCUCUGGAAACUGCAGGCUACAGGUGAGAAGGAGGAGAUGGAGGAGCUCCAGGCGUAUAACCGGAGGCUGCUGCAUAACAUUUUGCCCAAGGACGUGGCUGCACACUUCCUGGCCCGGGAGCGCAGGAACGACGAGCUCUACUAUCAGUCCUGCGAGUGCGUGGCGGUCAUGUUCGCCUCCAUUGCCAACUUCUCCGAGUUCUACGUGGAGCUGGAGGCCAACAACGAGGGUGUGGAGUGUCUGCGGCUGCUCAAUGAGAUCAUCGCUGACUUUGAUGAGAUUAUCAGCGAGGAGCGAUUUCGGCAGCUGGAGAAGAUUAAGACGAUCGGGAGCACAUACAUGGCCGCCUCAGGGCUGAACGCCAGCACCUACGACCAGGUGGGCCGCUCCCACGUCACUGCCCUGGCUGACUACGCCAUGCGACUCAUGGAGCAAAUGAAGUACAUCAAUGAGCACUCCUUCAACAACUUCCAGAUGAAGAUUGGGCUGAACAUGGGCCCUGUGGUGGCAGGUGUCAUCGGGGCCCGGAAGCCGCAGUAUGACAUCUGGGGAAACACAGUGAAUGUGUCUAGUCGUAUGGACAGCACGGGUGUCCCUGACCGAAUUCAGGUGACCACAGACCUGUACCAGGUCCUCGCUGCCAAAGGCUACCAGCUGGAGUGUCGAGGGGUGGUCAAGGUGAAAGGCAAGGGCGAGAUGACCACUUACUUCCUCAAUGGAGGCCCCAGCAGCUCAUGAGGCCCUGCUGCCAGUUCAGCUGGAAGGAUUGAGGUGGGCAUUUGAGUGGCCUCUGCUUGCUGGGUGGAGCCUCCGGACCCUCCAGCCUGCUCUGGCCCGGGCCGGUGCUCGGCUGCCCUCGGCUGGUGAAUGAGGGGCUACCAAAAGGACAUGUAAGCAACUUUGUUUGAAUGGGCUAGAACUGUUCCCUCUCCUCUCUGCUAGCGGCAGAGCUUCAGGGGAGCCCCUGCUCAGGGGUCACUGGCAGCUUGCCUUGCCCACCCUUUCCCUGCCUCUGUGCAUCAGGCUCAGGGCUGGGCCUUCUUUUCUCUUUCUCCUGGGACUCCUGUACCAAGACUGGGGCAGGCACGGGAAUGUCUGUUCCAUGCUUGCCUUCAUCCUGCUGGGCCCCAGCCCUGGGACUCGCCCUCUCCCGGCCGACACUCCCUUCUAUUCGCAGGGCAGAGGGAGAUGCAUGGAGGACCUAAUUUUGUCCAUAUUUCAGGGGAGUCUUUCCAUUUGCCAAAUCCUAGUCCCAUGAUCUGUCCCCAAAGGGGAAUAUAGGGACUUCCGACAGCCCGGGUUCCUGCAGGCUCCAGGGACUGUGUUGCCUGGCUUCAUCAGUACUGUGAAAACGCCCGGCUGGAGAGGGUGUGGAUGACGGGAGGCGUCAGGAGCUGCACACUCACUGCAAGUGCCAAAGAGCAGACUGACCCGGGAGGGCGUGGUGCCAGGCACUAGUGGCAGCCCCCCUGCUCUCUUGCUGUUUCUGGCAAGGGGCCAUGGAGCCUCUCCACCCCUUCUGUUGCCAAAUAGAAGAGUUGGGCCCGGAGGAAGGCCAUCCUGAUCCCAGGCCUGUCCUCAGGCGCUGGUGUUGGGGGUGGCUGUGUGUGCACCCCUCAGCACGGUGUCCGUGUGCAUCGCACUCUGCUCCCCACUCCGGAUGGCCCGCCUUCUAGGAAACAGGCCUCCCUGUUUCAAGGGAUGGCGAGAUGCCCAGCUUGCACAAGAAUGGAAAGGGGGGUAGCAGCAGGAGUGGGGUGGGUCGUGGGGAGGGGAGUCCUUUUUGUGCCAAAUCCCUAAGUGCCGUUCAGAGCCCCAGGUGCAGCAUGACUGUCCCCCUGCCCAUUUAGACAGGGGCCCCUGUGCCCACUCAGUCCCAGUGUCCUUGCACAGGAGCUGCCGGGGUGUAGUGGGCAGAGCUCAGCAGUGUCCCGGGCUCCCCAGCAUGUGUGCUGGGACGUGCUAUGGCCUGGGACUGGGGUAGCCCGCGAGCCUCUGAGGACUCAGGUACGAGGGGCUGUGGCAGGGCAGUGGAAGCUUGGCUGUCCAGUGCCGUGACCGUGCUCGGCUGGCCCUGCUCCUGGCCCUGCAGUCCCCUGAAGCCCCUAGCUGGUCGGGAGGGUUCGGAGGCCGGGCUGCAGACCGCCUUCCUCACCGUCCUGUUCUCACCCCUUUGCCUUUGCCUGCACCUUUCCCCCUCUGGUCUAAAUCAGAUGGUGCCUUGGUUUCUCCGUGUGGACCUUUGUCUAGCCAAGGUUUUGGCCUGCAUUCUGCUUGGAAAGGGCUUUGCGGUGAUCAGAGAGGCAGAGGUGCGAAGGUCCCUGAGUUGCUAGGCUGGGAGUGAGGGGCAGAUGGCUCUCCUGCCCUUCUCUCGCUGACUUUACAGGAGCCGGUUUCUGACUGGCACUGCCCAGUCUAGGGGAUCUUCCUGUACCACCCAGCAGGCUCUUCAUCAGCCAGCGCAGGAAAAGGGGGAGGACGAGUGGGUCCCAGUGGAAAAUCAGCUCCCCCCAACAGCCAUAUCCCAAUAGGAAACAACCCUUGACUGUGGAGAGGGGCUGGGGGAAGCAGGAGGUGAUGAAGGGUCUCUGGUAGAGACAGGAUGGAAAGACCCCGGCCUUGGUUGUUUGUCUGCUUCUUGCCAGACGGGAAGGAUCUGUCUCGCCCUGGCUCCCCACACCACAGUGCCAGCAGCCCCGCCCUGCCGGGCUCCCAGGUCGCCUUCUCAGUGGGGGAGGGAGUCAGUGCAUGGGGGCCAGCGGACUUGGGUUUUCUAAUGUAACCACUGUGGGGGGUACCAUGUAUUUCAGUGAAAUAUUUAAUAUAUUUAAAUAUCAAUAAAAUCAAACUCUUUGUAAAA